CCUUUCACCAGGGGUUUCUAAAUUUGGAUAUAAAAUUUUAGAACGCAGAGUCUCGUCGGCAGUUCUCUAUUCUUGGACUUGUCCACUUCCUUGCAAUACCUGCUUACACUAUUGGAAUAACCAAUCAUCGCUGACAGCUUCACCGUGAACUUCAUCCACCAUCUUGCACAAACCCGGCCAUUUUGUAUCGACGAGUGAUCUGUCUCGACGGGAAACAAAUCGAACUCUGGUAGAUACCCAUUCCCAACCAGUCGUCUGGAAAAUGCAAGCACUGACAGACGAUACCAUGGAAAGAGGAACACGCUUCGAGGCUUUCCUACGCAGUACGUUAAAAGCUACAUCCACAUUCGCCAUGGCGUGCUUAAUGCUGAUGUUCUCCACAAUCACCAAGCCGGCGAGGUGGAUCUGUUCCUGCUGCCGCCGGCCCGGGAACGCCGACGACAGCGACACGCGCGACGUCGAACUCGGGGAUCUGGAGCGCGAGCGCGAGCGGAACAGCAGUGUCAGUGAUUAUGACAGACGUGGGAGGAGUCCUACCAAGCGCGGCAGAGGAACACCACCCCCGGACGAGUCCGAAGUCUACAGUAACCACUGGGACAAGAUCUCGAUGGACUCCCUCAUGCGGCCCAGGUCUCUCCGCGUGCCAACCCCGGACGGGGCCAGCUCGUGGAGCUGGGACGAGGAUCCUGAUGCUCUUGACGUCGAUGAGGUGCUGCCGCAUCCCGAUGCGUUUGAUAUCACCGCUGAGCUCGAGAGGACCACGCUCGCGGGCACCACGGCGCAGAAUACCCCGGGUGUAAGCUUGUCGGCCGAUUCAGCCGUGUCCUUGCGGUCCGUAUCUUCCACACUCGGUCUGGAUCAUCAUCACGAAGAGGAGGUCGAGGGCGGGGACGAUACAACAGGCGAGAGCAAAGCCACCACGUCCGCCACCUUGCACCCGUCCUCCUCCGCCUCCUCCUCGGCUCCAUCCUCCACCCUCCCCACCUUUUCCGGGCCGCUGCCAGCCUGGCUCACAGCCCCCAAGGCCACGGCCGGCCCCAGAGCCUCGCGCUUCAACGAGGAGGACGUGGACGGUUCGGAUAUCGCGCCGCCGGACUUGAGCCUGAUCGCGGAGCAGCGGGGCCCUGUUGGUGCCAGGGCUAGGGGGAAGAGCUGGCAUGCUGGCCAGGACGGGGGGCGAGAGGCCUCCGGGCGUGCGUGUGGGCGCCGCUCUGUCUAGGGAGUUGGCGCGUGUCUUGGUGGGGAGGCUUGUGUAGCUGGCCUUUUUUUUUCUUUUGGCUGCCGCUUGGUGGUGGGCUUUGUGCUAUCUUUCGUCGUUAAUUUUAGUACAUUAGUUUUAAUACAGUGGUUUUAAGCUGGGAAUAUAAGUAGUUUCGUUUUUAAUCCCUAUAUAUAUAAAAC